GUCUGUGCAAUGCUUUAAUGCAGCAAGGAACAAAGAACUCAUGUGGGCUUAGAGGUGAACACACAACCAGGGCUGCAGUUAGAACUCUUCCAAGUGCCAAAGCCCACCGGCGAAGACAUCUGCUGGCCAGGACUUGUUGCAGACCGAGGGUCUUUCUCAGGUGACACUAGCCUGCUUCACCAAGACUGCUAACAUGAGUACUAGACUUGAGGCAACUGAGCAAGGCAACCAAAGAACUCAGAGGAAUGACAUUCAGCUGGAAAAUGCAAAGGCUGCUGGGAAAAUGGGCAUCAGCGUUGACCUGGAAGCCAAAUAUGCUAAGCUCGGUCUAAAUCUCGGAGCAAUCACUUUUGGAGAGAAGGAUAGGAAGAAAAUGAAUUCUCACCUCAGGAAAGAGGAGAAUGCAAACAUCUCUCUAGCUGUAUGUGCUCUCCUGAAUUCGGGAGGUGGAGCAAUCAAGGUUAAAAUUGAAAACGAAAAUUAUAGUCUCACUAGGGAUGGCCUGGGACUAGAUUUGGAAGCCUCUCUUUGUAAAUGUCUGCCCUUUGUCCAGUGGCACCUGGACUUCACGGAGAGCGAAGGCUACAUUUAUAUCUACGUGAAAUCGUGGAGCCAAGAAAUCUUUGGGCUGCCUAUUGGCACCCUGAGAACCAAUUUGUAUGUAAGGAGCAUGUCAUCUUCUGUACAAGUGAGUGCCGCUGCUGCCCUGGAAUUUCUGCAGGACCUGAAGGAAACUGGAGGGAGACCCUGUGUCAGACCGGAGUUGCCUGCAAGCAUAGCCUGCCCUGAAGUGGAAGGAGAAUGGCACCUGGAGGAUUUGGCUGCUGCAUUUUUUAACAAGACAGAAUUUCAGUACGAGGAAACUUUCCCCUUUACCAGAUCCAGAUAUGUUGAAGUUACAUUGCUUUCAGCGAAACGCCUGCGAAAACGCAUCAAAGAGCUCCUCCCUCAAACUGUUUCUGCAUUUGCAAACACAGAUGGGGGAUUUUUGUUCAUUGGUUUGGAUGGCAAAACCCAGCAAAUUAUUGGUUUUGAAGCAAAGAAGAGUGACCUUGUGUGUCUAGAGAGUGAAAUAGAAAAGUACAUCCAACAGCUGCCUGUCACUCACUUCUGUGAGGAGAAGGAGAAGAUCAAGUACAAGUGCAAAUUCAUCGAAGUGCACAAAUCCGGAGCUGUGUGUGCAUAUGUGUGUGCGCUCAGAGUGGAGAGGUUCUGCUGUGCUGUGUUUGCUGCAGAGCCUGAAUCCUGGCACGUGGAAGGCGGCUGUGUGAAGAGGUUUACCACAGAGGAAUGGGUGAAACUCCAGAUGGAUGCCCCAUCAGGUUGAAGGGGGAUUUAUGUAGAGAGUCGUGU